AUGUUCGUACUACGGCGGCAGACUCAGGCGUUGGCGCUGCGCGCACCAACAGCCAACCCAGUGACCGCACUCCAGCCUCUACGAACAGCGAACGCCGCCUUCAUCUCUUCAUCGUCGAACAAGAAGGCAGACCCGCAUGCCGGCCCUACUACCGCCGUCCGAGCAGUCGGUCCAUCAAAUGUUAAGGGCAACCCAGGCGCGCCUUCACCGAUGAAGAAGGUCACAGAGGGCAUGGAAGUGCCAUUGGCAAGUCAGGAAGGAAACAAGGGUGUCGUACAAUAUGCGCUCACGACUCUGGACUCGAUCGCCAACUGGGCACGACAAGGCUCCCUCUGGCCCAUGACCUUCGGUCUCGCCUGCUGCGCCGUCGAGAUGAUGCACCUUUCCACCCCACGAUACGACCAAGAUCGACUUGGUAUAAUUUUCCGUGCCUCGCCACGUCAAUCCGAUGUCAUGAUCGUCGCCGGCACACUUACCAACAAGAUGGCACCCGCACUGCGACAAGUCUACGAUCAGAUGCCAGAUCCCCGUUGGGUCAUUUCCAUGGGCUCGUGCGCGAACGGUGGAGGAUACUACCACUACAGCUACAGCGUGACAAGAGGGUGUGACCGAAUUGUGCCAGUGGAUAUCUAUGUGCCGGGCUGUCCGCCGACGAGUGAGGCGCUUAUGUACGGUAUCUUCCAGCUUCAGAAGAAGAUGAGGCAUACCAAGAUUACGAGGAUGUGGUACAGAAAGUAA